AAAGGGGCCUUUGAUCUACUAGCAGUUAAACAUUUAGGCUUAGCUGGUAAUGCCAUCCUGAUGCUGGAGUCUCUUAACUCUUAAGAAUGGAUGGACCAGAUUGGCCAUUGUGGAAAUGGUGACUGAACUGUAUGUUCUAUGAGCAAUUUUAAUGCAAUGCUAAUUUGCAUGUUCUAUACUGAUCGUAUGGUAAUGUGGAUCUGCAGGUUCUGGGAGCAGCAGCUGUAGUUAAUUAGAUAAUUACUUUGGAGGUCAGUGUCAGGUGCAGGUAAUGAACAGGUAUUCCCCCUCUCACUCCCUCCAUUAGCAGAUCAGAGUGAUUCUCAGAAGCAUCAGGUUGGCCCCAAUGAGACUGUACACCUUGUCCAAGCGGCACUUUGUUUUAGUAUUUGUUGUGUUUUUCAUAUGCUUUGGAUUAACUCUUUUUAUUGGCAUUGCUGGACCAAAUGUUAUUCAAGCCAAUUCCACAGGAUAUGAAGUUGUUAACAAAUCUAAGGUGGAACCAUUUAAACUGAAUUCACCAGUCCUCUCUACAUAUAACCAACAACUAUGGUUGACAUGCAGAAUCGAUCUGAAUAAAGCGGAUGACUUCAGCAUCCAGGCAAAUUUCACAAUGACUGUGCAAAUACACGGAGUAACCCCAGAUGCAACAGUGACCUUUAUCAGCAGUCCAGAACAUACCCGACCAAGAAUAAUUAGAUGUGCGCAGAAAUGUGAGGAAAUUAUUGUAGUUCACCUGGGUUACUUGAACUACACUCAAUAUAAACUCCUUGUCAGCUUUGAAAAUUUGAAGCAGUUGUCCAUUAAAAGUGUAACAUUUACCUGGAAAGCCUACAAUCCAACAUUUUCUCAAGUGGAAAUUUGGUUUCGGUUUGUGUUUGUUGUGCUUACAUUUGUGGUGACAUGCUUGUUUGCACAUUCUUUGCGGAAAUUCUCAAUGAGGGACUGGGGAAUAGAACAGAAGUGGAUGUCACUACUUUUACCUCUGUUGCUUCUUUACAAUGAUCCGUUCUUCCCUCUCACAUUUCUGGUAAACAGCUGGUUCCCUGGCAUGUUGGAUGAUCUCUUCCAAUCAAUUUUCCUUUGUGCACUUCUGCUCUUCUGGCUUUGUGUCUACCAUGGUAUUAGAGUUCAGGGCGAAAGAAAGUGCUUGACGUUCUAUUUACCCAAGCUUUUCAUAGUUGGACUCUUAUGGCUUGCUUCAGUUACACUUGGAAUAUGGCAAACAGUGAAUGAGUUGCAUGAUCCAACCUAUCAAUACAAAGUGGAUACAGGAAAUUUCCAGGGAAUGAAGAUUUUCUUUCUCAUUGUAGCAUCUUUAUACAUCUUGUACCUUUUGUUCCUAAUCAUAAGGGCGUGUACAGAGCUGAGGAAUAUGCCUUAUGUUGACCUAAGGUUGAAGUUUCUAACUGCAUUGACAUUUGUUGUGAUUAUUAUAAGCAUUGUCAUCCUUUACCUGAGGUUUGGAGCACAAGUGCUACAGGACAACUUUGUAGCUGAGUUGACGACACAUUAUGAAAAUUCCGCAGAAUUUUUAUCAUUUUAUGGCUUGUUGAACUUCUAUCUCUACACAUUGGCUUUUGUUUACUCACCAUCUAAGAAAGCCUUGUAUGAAUCUCAGUUGAAAGAUAAUCCAGCAUUUUCUAUGUUAAAUGACUCGGAUGAUGAUGUGAUUUAUGGCAGUGACUAUGAAGAAAUGCCACUUCAGAAUGGACAAGCCACCAGAGCCAAAUACAAAGCAGAGUCUGACAGUGACUGAGUUUAUUUGUAAUGAAUGAGUUUAUUAUGUAUCAUUACAUUUCAUUAUUAUGUAAUGAAAAGAGCCUUUUAAAUACAGCAGAAAACCUUCCCAAGCACAGAUUUUGUGCAAUAAAUAAUUACUUUUUUCCCCUUGACGAAUAUAAAACUGUAUCUAGUGCAAGAAAGGCCUCAUGAUGGACCACAAUAUGAUGAACAGAUACUUAUGUACGAGUGACAAUGUUAAUCCGCACCCCAAAUGCUACAUUAAACUUUGGAAGGAU